GGAAGGAAUGUCCCAAGUUGUUGGAACUCAGGAGGAGCCAGUGCUGGGAAGAGGAAGUUCUCCUCGAAGGAGGUGUGACUCGCACUCACUGAGCGAUGGGCUCAAGGAAAGCUCCCUUGUAUCCGGACCACUCCAAAGAACUGAGGACCCUCAAUACCUGGAGGAGGCUUUGCUGACCACACACAUCAAACAGGCUCAAGAAUCUGAUUCUGGAUCAAUCAUAAUGUGACUGUGCUGACAAUCUAGUUUGAGCAAGAGCAGAUUAAUCGGUGACACCUGAUUGAAGUGGAGGCUGCUGAUUGGAUGAGGCUGUUGGCGCCAGGAUGAGCGGCGCUGGCGAGGUUGUGUGCGCAGGAUGGCUCAGGAAAUCUCCACCAGAGAAAAAGCUACGCCGUUAUGCGUGGAAGAGGCGUUGGUUCAUGCUGCGUAGCGGCCGGCUGAGCGGCGAGCCCGACGUUUUGCAGUACUACAAGAACCCGCAUUCCCGCCGGCCCAUCAGAACCAUCAACCUGAACCUGUGUGAGCAGGUGGACGCGGGCCUGUCAUUCACAAAGAAAGAACUGGAGAAGAGCUUUGUUUUUGAUGUGAGGACGGAGGAGAGAACAUGGUACCUGGUCGCUGAGUCUGAGGAGGACAUGAACCGCUGGGUGGCAUCCAUUUGCCUGCUGUGUGGCUUCAACCCAACAGACGAGGUGCCUGACAGCCCUCCCGUCUCCAGUACAUCCCCCAGCGGUACCAUUGCCACGGUAACAGUCUCGGAUGCCCCCUAUGAGCCUGUGAGACUGCGUCCCCUGGAGGCUGAUGGUGGCAGCAUGGAGGAGGACUACCUGUGGCUAGUGCAGUGUCAGACUCACUUCAGGCCUCCGGAUGGUUCCUCCACCUCGCUCGAAAGCGACAGUGGUGACCAGCUCUUCCCUCCUCCCUCUGCCACCUCUUCCUCUUCUUCGCCCACGCCCUCCCGACUUCCCACCAGCCUCUCUACUUUUUCCUCCAGCUCUCAGACGGCGCCAUGGGUUGUUGCUGCCAUGACGGACACCCUGAGCCAGUCUCUGGACUCCAGCAUGGCUCCGUACCUCCAGAGAGGAGGCGGGAAGCCUCGAUGUCACCCCUCCCCACAUCCAAGAAAGCAUUCACUGGAUAUCCACCUGCGCCCCGUGGCCAUCCCCCACUCCAGUGGCUACCAGAUCCCUCGCCCGGCAUCCGCACCUCAGCCAGUGCCGCCACUGCGCCCCUCUUCAACCCCUAGUGUGGACUCCCUAACUCAGGCAGAGCUUCGCACCUCCACUCCGACUCCACCACCACGCCCGCCCAAGCCAAUUGCCAUGGCAGCCCAAGGUGAGAGUUCGACAAAUGGGCCAGCCUCUGAGUCAGGACCGAGGUCUGGAAGUGCGGAAGUAGGCUGGGGCAUGGCUAGGAAUAACUCUGCCACCACACCUGGAAGCUGGAAGUCUCUGUCGCUGGCUAGCUCUCUGUCGGACAGAGCAAGCAUGUUUGAAUUCAGCGACCGCUUCAACAGCUACUUUUUGAAUAAAGGCAUGAUGCCGCUGGGCAGCGUUUGUUCUGAAGACGAUGACGUGGAUGAAAACUACGUUCCCAUGAACGCCGCUACUACCGAGCCGCCUCAUGCAGCGAAGCCCUCGGAGGUGUCCCACCAUCACCAGGAAGCCAGCUAUGUCCCCAUGACCCCCCUCGCCCCUCACCUCCCUGCUGCAGCUGACCUGGCAUCUUUGGGGAGGCAGGUUCCCCCGCCUGCUCACACGGGCUUCCGUAACUCCCCCCUGAGACCCCUUGCUCACCCCGCCCCUCACCUCCGCACAGCGGAGGGGGAUCUGGAGGGUGUGCCGCCACCCGUUCAUCGUGACCUGAAGCCACAGCGCAGGGUCAGACCAGCGCCCCUCAACAUUCCUCCAGUGCAGCAGGAAUGGCAGGAAGUCGCGCCCCCUGUGCGCUCACCCGUCACUCGGACCUUCACACGACACCCGUCUAGCUGUCAUUCAGUGAGGCCCACCUCCGCCCACAGUUCGUCCCCCUCAUCCGACUCUGAUGACCCUGACGACAGCUACAUUGCCAUGACGACCAGCAGUCUCAGCUUCAGUGCAGGAGAGCCUUCUCUGAGGCUCAUGCUGCAUCGUGCUUCAGAGGGCGGAGUCAGCAGCCCAAUCAUUAGGAGAGCUGGAGGCACCAAACAGGUGGAGUACCUGGACCUGGACCUCCAUGUGGGACAAGUGACACCAACAAGACAGACGACGGUGGUGACAAGCUGGCUGGAAGAGGUCAAGAGUGCGCCCGUGGUGAGCGCACACGUGUGGACUACGUAGUGGUGGACCCCAAGAGGACCAAGGCACUGAGGAAUACCCGGGAGGCGUGGCAUGACGGGAGAAUGUCCACGGAAAAGUGCAAAGAGCACAGCUGAGAAGCCAAACAUGGUUGUUCCUGGACCAGUUUACACACUAAUUGUUCAAAUCAUCUUUUGGUUAAGGAGCACAAAUUUGAACACAUCCACAGCUUUUCUUCCUGUGAAUAAACGACACUGAAGACUAAAACUUAACUUUGUUACUGUUAAAGGUUUGUUAGGGUCCAACAGGGACAUUAGGCCUCGUUAAGUGCAACAUUCAGGUACUGACAGUGCACUGCAUUUUGACGUACUUCUCGGUGUGAACGCACUUAUACGCUCACAAGACUAAUAGACUGCUGCGAUGGAGCCUCACCACCCUCAGUCAAGGCGAGGGACCAACUCAAGUGGUUGCAAUUCACAAUUGAAAAGAAGGAGAAGCGGGUAAAUACAGUCGUCCCCCGUUGAUAGCGAUUAAUUGUUUCAGACCACGAUAAAUACAUUUCUGUGAUGUAGGAUUCAACGUUAAUAAAUGGAUUCUUUUUGUAGUUAGAGCAUAGAAAACGUUUGACUUUGUAAAUAUGGUGGUUUAACAUUAUUAGAGCCCUGUAGACAUUAAAUACACCGCUAUAGUCACCAUUUCACUCCUGUUAUUGUUUAUAACACAUUGCACGACUCUUAUACUGCAGGCCCUCAAGACGAACACUAGCUAACAAGCUAACCAUCCAUCCAUUUUCUAUGCCGCUUCUCUUUCGCGGCGGUCGUGGGUAUGCUGGAGCCUAUCUCAGCUGACUUCGGGCGACAGGUGGGGUACACCCUGGACUGGUCGCCAGCCAAUCGCAGGGCACAUAUAGACAAACAAGCAUUCACACUCACAUUCAUACCUAUGAUUUAGAGUCGCCAAUUAACCUAUUUGGAAUGUGGGAGGAAACCGGAGUACCCGGAGAAAACCGACGCACGCACGGGGAGAACAUGCAAACUCCACAUAGGAAUGCAAACCCAGGUCUUCCCGAUCUCCAUUCUGUUACUGUGUUGGCCAACAUGCUAACCACUAGACCACCGCAAGCUAACCAUUCAACCUCAAAUUUAUUUCUUUGAAACUUAAGAAGCCAAAAAUGUACCACUUCCAUAUGGAAUGGGAGGAGAACUUUCUUUCACUCUAUCAUGUCGGACAUGCCAUGGCUGACUUCAUGCAGUGUUAUUGUAAUGUAAUGCAAUGUCUCAAUUACGGGAUGCUCCGAUCAUUGUGCAUGCGGUCUGAUUGAUUACACAUGGACUGUCACCAGCCAAUCGCAGCCAUUGAACUGUAUUAUGAAUGUAUUUUCUGUAUGACUCCCAUCGUUUUAAACAUUCCCUUAAAAGAAAUGCUGUUUGCACAUUUUCCUGUUCAAGUACAGGGCAGAAACCGCUGCAAGCAUCCCCUCUUGGCCCUGCCUACCAUCUGAGUGUACUCAUUGAAUACACUUGGAGUUGGAUCAUGGCGCAGAAAUACACAAAAAUGUCAUACGGGAGGUGCUUGCAGUAUUCCACCCUGGAAGAGUGGGCUGGAAGGUGGCGGAAUGGCUCAGAUGGUAGAGCAGUUGUCUCCCAACCUGAAGGUCCUCCGUGAUCGUAUCGAAGUGUCUUUGGGCAAGAUACCGAACCCGCAGUUACUCCUGAUGCUGCGUCAUCAGUAGGUAAAUGUCCUAGCUGUGUCAAAGCGCUUUGAGUGCCUUGGAGGUGGAAAAGCGCUACACAAGUGACAGACCAUUUACCAAGGUGCCUGUCACUGCAGUUCUUCCAUUUACAACAUCCUUUUAUCAGAAAGUAUCAGGAAUGUUCCUGGAGAAGGAUUGGGUGCAUGUACUUCAUAUACAAAAGGUAAGACCACAAAUGUUUUUCAGUUAAUAAAUAUAAGAUAUACUGUAAAUAAAACUAAAAAUAUUUAAAAUAUUUUUUUAAACAAAAGUGAAUGCUCUUUUCCUUGUUAUCAUCUUCAUGAGCAUCCUGUAUUAAAACGUUUUUUUUAACCGAAUUGAGUCAGUGCCUCACCAGCCAUGAACCUCACCGCACAAUGACGGACAUAUAGCCUCUCA